GUUCGUGUGUGUAGGUGUGGAGGUAACAGUUACUAGACGGGUGUUGGCGGAAUCCGCCGGAAUUCAACAUGGAGGGGUUCCCAAUUGGAUUUGUUGUACUAUUAUUCGUCUUUUGUUCUCGGUCACUAGCAGGUGAAGAAUUACAGUACACCACACUCGGACAGCUGGCAUUCGGAUGUCCACAAGGAUGGAAGGCUUUUGAAACUAACUGCUAUUUCCUGGCGGAUUUUAAAAUGGAAUUUGAAGACGCUGAGGAAACAUGUGAAAACCUGGGUACUAUGUCUUUAAAAAUAGACGAUGACAUUGAAAAUAAGAAGAUCGCCGAGUUUGCUAGAAACGUUUCCUGGACCAGGUUUUGGAAUGGACAAAAAUAUUCAGAUUCUACAAAGUGUGAUGGUAUUUGGGGUAAUAAUCAGCCGCCAGAAGGCACUCAAGAUGGCGCCUGUGUUUCUGUUGGUGAAAAUGGACUGUGGAAAGUCACAAGCUGCAAAGAGUUAUUGCCAUUCGUUUGUAAGAAGCCAGCAUGCAUCAAUGGAACAUCCGACUGUGGAAAUGGAAAGUGCAUUAAUACCAAAUGGUUUUGUGAUGGGAUAAAUGACUGUUCAAACAACUUGGAUGAAAUGAACUGUGCUAACAGGUGUUCAUUCUACAAGACUGGUGCAUCAGGAACCAUCACCCAGGGUUCAUACAAGCCCAAUGCUGACUGCUUUUGGACCAUUGAGGGCCCAGUGGGAACCCAGCUUAAAUUAACAUUCACCAGAGUGAGAACAGAAAAGGAUCGUGACAUUAUUGAGGUGUGGGGAGGAUCAAAGUCACUGAAAAGUAGUACCAAACUGACGACUUUAUCGGGUGAUUCUGACAACCGUGUUGUGUACAGCUUUAACAACUUUCUGAUCAUCAGAUUUAGAUCAGAUGCAACAGUGGAGUCAUCUGGAUUUGUAGCCACAUGGAGAUCAGAUGUGGCUGAAUUGUCAAGAACUGUUCAAGACAUCGCAGCUUCUGAUAACUGGCAAAGUCUGUCUUCUCCAUUUUACCCAAGCACUCCUCCGUAUGGUUUCUCUCGUCAUUGGCUCAUUACAACAGAGGCUGAUUCCAUUCUAACACUAGAGAUUCUGGAAGUGGAUCUGAAUUCAGAUUGGGAGUUGCUGAUUUACGACGGUGACAGCUACAUGGAGCAACCAGUGACAAUCAAAAUGUCAUCUGACCUGCGGUCUCCACCUAUCUACAUUUCUUCAAGCAACAAAAUAAGAGUCGUUUUGAAAGGAAUAAAAAUCAUGUCUGGCAAAGGGAUCAACAUGAGGGUGAAAAAGGUUGAGGAUGGAGCAUGGAAGUUCUUGGGACAUUUGCUACAAGGUUCAUACCCGGUGAUGGAGUAA